CUUCAGACAGGGCGUCAGUUUUAUAUUCAUAUCGGUCACAAGGAGGAGAAAAGGAAGCAAGCGCUGCUCUGCAAAGAUUGAGAGGAACCGAGGACAAAGUUUUCCUGAUUAAUGCGAAGAAGAAAGGCCGAGGAGAAUAAUGAUAUGUUACAAUCUCAGUGACUAAAGGCUUUGGUUUGUUACGCAGGAUGAAAUCUCGCUGCACAGUAAAGUACGCAAAAGGGUAAUGAUAUGUUACAGCUCGGUGACUCAAGCUUGGGUCGAUGAAAUCUCGCUGCAAAGUACACUACGCAAAAGUUUUUCAAAGGGUGGCAAAGAUCUUCCAGCGUCUUGUAUAUCCAUACCACUCUUCGCUCGUUGCUCGUAGCACCUACUCAUUCACUCUCUGCAGGCGGCAGUGAUUGAUGGUGUUGCAUCAGCACCACCCGCUGUACGUAAGCUUCCGCUCUCGAUUUCUUUUUCCUGCUACUGCUCCUGCCUUUGGACCGUGCAAUGCAUCGGACUUACGACGCUGGCCCCAGAAACAAAACCGUCUCCUUUUCUUCCUGUUUUUUUUUUCUCUCUUCUUCCUCUUCCUGGUCCCAGUGAACGUGCUGUAGGCAGGCGGGAUUUUGUUUUUGUCGCAGUGGCCAGGCUCUGGUGAUUGAGGGAGAGUUUACUUCCAUAUCCUCGGAACAGCGCUGCGAAAAAAUUAGCUUUGCAAAAACGAAACCAUUGACUCCCAACAGUGAUCGUGAAAAAUCUAUACACGUGGGGCAAAGCUCGCCUUCCACUUGGCAUUUCUUAUCACAGCGCGUUUCAUGGCGGCGAAGAACGAGCAGGAAAAAGCCCGGCCUUCUUCCACCCCGAUCAGGUCCGUGUUACUCUACGCUUGCUACCUCGCCGCCAUCUUCUACGCCAGCGAUGGAUUCAUCCCCAUCCCAGAGCUCCAGUUCGCGGCAUUCGCGUCCUUCUACCUCUUCGCCCUCGCCAAGCUCGCGUUCCCUCCAGUCACAGCGACCCGGCCGCCGCAAGCUUACACCGGAUUCAAGCUCAAGAUCCUCAGGUACUACGUCUCGGUGGCAGCCGUCAUUGGCCUUGUUCUUCCUCUCGCCCUCCUGCUAGUCGGACUCUACCGCGGUGACCGGCAGCUCUUUCGAUCGGUAGUGCCUCACACCGCGCUGCUCGUCUUCCAGAUCAUGUCCGAGAGGGUUGCCGGGAGCUCCGACGCGGUCUCCUUCCCCAUUCGAGCGUUCGUUCCCAUCGCGUAUAACGCGAGGAGGUUGUUUACCAUCUGGAGCUGGAUGGACGUCGAGUUUGCGAGGCCCGGUGGCGGCGGCGGCUGGGAGCGCUUUGCAAAGUUUGUAGCGGUUGCCAACAUGGUGUUCUGGAGCUUCAACCUCUUUUGUUUCCUGCUUCCCUUGUUCCUGCCCCUGGCAAUGCGGAGUUACUACGAGCACGCGAUACGGAAAGAAAAACUAGAGACGCAGAGAAUCGACUAAAACUAGAUUGAACAAAUUUACAGCAAACCCUCCGGGAUUUAUUCUCAACUGGCAGGGAAGAAUAAAGAAAAAAUUCUCCGUGAGACGAGAUCGAGAGAAUAAAAGCUUGAGUGUACCUCGUAUGAAAGUUGUUUCAAUCAAGAGAGGUCGUGGAGGUCUCGAGGAUUGGCCGUGGUCUCU